CAUUUGUUCUCUCUUCUGUCUCCACUCUCUGUCUCGCUUUCUUCUGUACUCGUCUCCUUUGACUCCUCAUUCUUCUACCUCGCGUGCUUUCGCUCACCUCUCUUCUUAUCUUUCUCCGCCAAACCCCUCUUUUCUCCGCCCGCGCUCUCCCUCCCUCUCUCUAUCCCUCCCUCCAUCUUCCUCUCUUCCUCUGUCUUGAAGUGACAGCUUGUGCUGCGUUCUUUGAAGAAGAAGGAGAGGAACUGCUGUUCCAGUGAGAGGAAGAGCAGGGAUUAUAUGGUUUGGUCCAUGGAAUCUGGUCUUCGAGGCAGAGUAUGAGAAAAGGAGGGAGCUUUAUAGGGUUAACAGUCUCAACUUUGCAAUCGUUUCCUACUUCUGGAUUUAUAUCUGCGCGAGCGUGAUAAAUCGAUUCAUAGAUUGAGAAAUAAAGAAAAAGCAUAUUUUUAUGGCUGGAAGCAACGAGGUUAACGCGAAUGAGUCAAGGAUGGUGGUUCCCCUCAACACCUGGGUCCUGAUUUCCAAUUUUAAGGUCGCCUACAACAUGCUCCGCCGCCCAGAUGGCAGCUUUGACCGUCAUCUUGCGGAGUUCCUGGACCGCAAAGUACCAGCGAAUGCAAAUCCUGUCAAUGGUGUUGUUUCCUUUGAUCUCCUUCUUGACCGCCCAACAAAUCUUUUGUCCAGGAUCUACCUCCCUGCUCCUGCUGUCGCUGACAACGUGCUUCCACAGCAAGCCCUCCUUUCUGAGCUCCAGCGCCCACCAUCACCAGACACGUUUCCAGUGAUCAUCUUUUUUCAUGGCGGCAGCUUUGCUCAUUCAUCAGCAAACAGCGCCAUCUAUGACACCCUGUGUCGCCGUUUUGUCACGCUCUGUGGCGGUGCUGUAGUUAUCUCUGUCAAUUACCGUCGAUCUCCUGAGUUUCGCUAUCCUUGUGCCUAUGAUGAUGGUUGGACUGCUCUGAAGUGGGCUUCCUCUCAGCCCUGGCUCCGCAGUGGCAAGGAUGCCAAGCUCCGAGUUUUCCUUGCUGGUGAUAGCUCAGGGGGGAAUAUCGUCCACCAUGUCGCAGUUAGAGCUGUUGAAUCUGGUAUCCAACUCUCAGGCAACAUCCUCCUCAAUCCAUUGUUCGGUGGCAACGAAAGAACAGAAUCUGAGCUCAAUUUGGAUGGGAGGUACUUUGUAGCCUUGAAUGAUCGAGACUGGUAUUGGAAGGCUUUUCUCCCUGAGGGAGCUGACCGUGAUCACCCGGCUUGUAAUCCAUUUGGUCCCAAUGGUGCGAAGCUUGAUGAGCUUCCAUUCCCAAAGAGCCUUCUCGUUGUUGCCAGUUUGGAUCUAACUAAGGAUUGGCAGCUAGCUUAUGCAGAAGGCUUGAGGAACGCUGGUCAUGAAGUGAGCCUUAUCUACAGGGAACAGGCCACAAUAGGCUUCUACUUCUUGCCUAACACCAACCACUACUACGAAGUUAUGGAGGAAAUCAGACGCUUUGUGAAUUCCAAUUGUUAGCAUUAGCAACAUUACAGCAUGUCAUACCUCUGAAGCACAUAGCAGUAUAUAUAUGUCAUCAGUGUUUCUAAAUAUAGGCGAUCUAUCCUUCUCAUGCUUUGUUUCAGAGCAAAGAAGCGGUUUUUGCGAUUGCAGACUAUUUUAUCUGAUUUCUAGGC